CCGCGUCCCCCUGCCGCCCCCGGCCCUUGCUCCCACCUCAACUUCCCCACCCUGAGAAGUGUGCAGGGAGCUCAGAUUUCGCGUCUGAUACUUCAGAUGAGCGCCCUCGCAGAUAGCUGGCUGGCUUGAUUUGAAUUUGAGGAGUUGAAAAGCCUGUUUACUUUCUGGCUUUGAUGUUGGGUAGAUCUGGUUUUGAUUAGAUCAAUACCCUUUUCUCUCUUCCCCCACCUCCCCCUUCCUUUUCUUUCCAGAGAGGACGCUGAGAUGAGCCCCUGCUGACUUGAGACACACACACACACACACACACACACCCCACGCCGAUCGCUGAGAGGAACUGGAAGAAGAAAAAAAUCCCAAACUCCGCGAGCAGCGCGCCCAUCGCCAUGAGCAGCGCUGUGCUGGUGACUCGCCUCCCGGAUCCCAGCAGCAGCUUCCGGGAGGAUGCGCCACGGCCCCCUGUUCCCGGGGAAGAAGGGGAGACCCCUCCGUGCCAGCUCGGGGUGGGCAAGGGCCACGUCACCAAGCCCAUGCCUGUGUCGUCCAACGCCAGGCGGAACGAAGACGGCCUGGGGGAGCCCGAGGGGCGGGCGUCCCCGGACUCCCCCCUGACCAGGUGGACCAAGUCCUUGCACUGCUUGUUGGGGGAUCAGGACGGGGCUUACCUCUUCCGGACCUUCCUGGAGAGGGAGAAAUGUGUGGAUACCUUGGACUUCUGGUUUGCCUGCAACGGGUUCAGGCAGAUGAACCUGAAAGAUACCAAAACUUUGCGAGUCGCCAAAGCCAUCUACAAGAGGUACAUUGAGAACAACAGCAUCGUGUCCAAGCAGCUGAGACCUGCCACCAAGACCUACAUCCGGGACGGCAUCAAGAAGCAGCAGAUCGACUCCAUCAUGUUCGACCAGGCGCAAACCGAGAUCCAGUCGGUGAUGGAAGGGAACGCCUACCAGGUGUUCCUGACUUCCGACAUAUACCUCGAGUAUGUGAGGAGUGGGGGAGAGAACCCGGCGUACGUGAGUCACGGGGGCCUGGGCAGCCUCAAGGUCUUGUGUGGCUACCUCCCCACCUUGAACGAAGAGGAGGAGUGGACUUGUGCCGACUUCAAGUGCAAGCUUGCCCCCACGGUCGUCGGCUUGUCCAGCAAGACGCUGAGGGCCACAGCCAGUGUGAGGUCCACGGAAACAGCUGACAGUGGGUACAGGUCCUUCAAGGGGAACGAUCCUGUGAAUCCCUACCACGUGGGUUCUGGCUACGUCUUCGCGCCAGCCACCAGCGCCAAUGACAGCGAGAUAUCCAGUGACGCCCUGACUGAUGACUCCAUGUCCAUAACGGACAGCAGCGUAGAUGGAAUCCCUCCUUAUCGCAUGGGGAGCAAGAAACAGCUCCAGAGAGAGAUGCAUCGCAGCGUGAAGGCCAACGGCCAAGUGUCACUACCUCAUUUCCCGAGAACCCACCGCCUGCCCAAGGAGAUGACGCCCGUGGAGCCCGCCGCCUUCGCGGCCGAGCUCAUCGCCAGGCUGGAGAAGCUGAAGCUGGAGCUGGAGAGCCGCCACAGCCUGGAGGAGCGGCUGCAGCAGAUGCGCGAGGACGAGGAGAAGGAGGGCUCGGAGCCGCCGCUGAGCGCGCGGGAAGGCGCGCCCGCCCAGCACCCCUUGUCCCUGCUGCCCUCCGGCGCCUACGAGGAGGACCCGCAGACGAUCCUGGACGACCACCUGUCCAGGGUCCUCAAGACGCCCGGCUGCCAGUCGCCCGGCGUGGGCCGCGCCAGCCCCCGCUCCCGCUCGCCUGACCACCACCACCACCACCACCAGCCGUACCACCCCCUCCUCCCGCCGGGGGCCAAGCUGCCCCCCGCGGCCGCCGCCCCGGGCUGCCCCCUGCUCGGGGCCAAGGGCUUUGUGAGCAGGCAGACCACGAGGCACGUGCACCACCACUACGUCCACCACCACGCCGGCCCCAAGACCAAGGAGGAGCUCGAGGCCGAGGCCACGCAGAGGGUGCGCUGCUUGUGCGCCGGGGGCUCCGAGUAUUACUGCUACGCCAAGUGCAAGAGCCACCCCAAGGCUCCGGAGCCCGUGCCAGGAGAGCAGUUUGGUGGCAGCCGAGGCAGUACCUUGCCCAAACGAAGUGGGAAAGGCACGGAGCUUGGCCUGGCCCCGCCCGCCAGGGAAGGAGGGGCCCCCGGCGGCGCUGGGGCCCUGCAGCUGCCUGGAGAAGAGGGAGACAGGUCGCAGGAUGUGUGGCAGUGGAUGCUGGAGAGCGAGCGACAGAGCAGGCCCAAGCCGCAUAGUGCCCAGAGCACAAGAAAGGCCUCGCCCAUGGAGUCUGCUCGCGGGUCCCCGGGCGAACGGGUCAGCCGGCACCAUCUGUGGGGGAGCAGCGGGCACCCCCGCACCGCCCCCCGCGCCCACCCCUUUACCCAAGACCCUGCAGUGCCCCCCCUGACCCCACCCAACACGCUGGCACAGCUGGAGGAGGCCUGCCGCAGGCUGGCUGAGGUGUCGAAGCCCCCCAAGCAGCGGUGCUGUGUGGCCAAUCAGCAGAGGGACAGGAACCACUUGGCCGCUGGUCAGGCAGGAGCCACGCCCUUCUCCAACCACAGCCUGGCUCCCGAAGAUCACAAAGAGUCCAAGAAGCUGGCAGGUGUCCACGCGUUCCAGGCCAGCGAGUUGGUCGUCACUUACUUUUUCUGUGGAGAAGAGAUUCCGUACAGGAGGAUGCUGAAGGCUCAGAGCUUGACCUUGGGCCAUUUUAAAGAGCAGCUCAGCAAAAAGGGAAAUUAUAGGUAUUACUUCAAAAAGGCGAGCGACGAGUUUGCCUGCGGAGCGGUGUUUGAGGAGGUCUGGGAUGACGAGACUGUGCUCCCCAUGUACGAAGGCCGGAUUCUGGGCAAAGUGGAGAGGAUCGAGUGAGCCUUCGGGAUCGGGCUCCAGCGACCCGCGGGGCCGAAGCCACGGCGCGGAACACCUUGAGGGGAGAAGGAAACCAACGAAGACUGACCAAGUCUUGGGCAGGAGGGUGCUGGCCACCGGGCCCUCGGGCGGGGGCGGGGAGGCUGGCGUGUGUUCCUCAGGAGCUGGGGACCGAGCCAGGAGAAGCCUGAACUAUUUAUUAAAACCGUGACCACUCGUGGCUGUUGAAGACGCUGACCGUUAGCGAGACCGCCGUAGGUAAUAUAGGACUAAGCUCACCUGGACAGGACUCCUUCCUGCUAUUUAUUGUCCAGGGGCGUCCCCACCCCCAGUUUACGGAUACGCUGCUUCACAAGGGGAAGGGGAGGGGCGUGCUCCUUGCUCUGUCUACACGUAGGAGUUGAGCUCGGAGCGCAUUAGCGAUUUCUUCAAUGCCAGGGGCGUUGCACGGCACCCCGCGUUUUCCUCCGGGUGAAGACAGACUGGCAGGAAGAGCGCCCUGCCGUGGAUGCGCGGAUCGGGGUGCACCUGUUUCUUAACGCUACUGUCAUCGCGGUCUUGAGGGCCGACUGCGCAGUGCCAUCGCCAUCGUUGGGGGGGUUGCCAUGCUGAGUGGGGUGGUCCAAGGGGGGAGGUGUUGGGCCCCCCGUUUCAUCCUGGGACCGAGGCACCACGUCUCGGAGCCUCCCUGCUGGUCCAGGGCCCCAUGGCUGGGGCCUACUGGGAUCGCGUCCUUGGGGUUCAAGCAUGUGCUGUCAUUGAAGUGGCCAUUUUUGGGGUUUCUCCCCCUCCCCCGUGGGCUUUCUUUUACAUCAGUCCUUGGACCACAGCCACUCAGGAGAGCACCCCCUGCCCCACCAGAAGUGAGCGGUGGUGGGAGACCCGGCAGCACCUUCCUCCGGGCCCCUUCAUGUUGACGUUCGGGUUUUUGUGUUAAGUUAUCGUACCUUCUGUUUGCCAUUGUUCCUUGUACUAUACGUGUGUAGAUAGUGCACGGCAAAAGAUACCAAUCCACUAUCUCUAGUGCUUGACUGAUCAGUACAGUACCUGUACCUGCACGGGCCGCUCCGUGUGUCGCCCUGUGUUGAGGGCUCCAGCUUCCCUUGGUUUUUGAAAGGGGUUUAUGUAUAAAUAUAUUUUAUGCCUUUUUAUUACAAGUCUUGUACUCAAUGACUUUUGUCAUGGCAUUUUUGUUCUACUUAUACUGUAAAUUAUGCAUUAUAAAGAGUUCAUUUAAGGAAGAUUACUUGGUACAAUAAUUAUUGUAAUUAAGA